GGGGCGGGCUCGGGGGCGGCCGGCAACAGCGGAGCCGCCCCGCGGGGAGGGACUGGGAGCUGAACCCCUUAUCCGAGGGCGAACUGCGGACGGGGUUGGGCCCCGCGCGCUCCAGGAGAGAGCCCCCUCCGCCGAGGCCGCCGCGUGCUCGGCCUUUCCCCGCCCAGAGAGCCGGAGCCUACCAACUAACUCCGCCCGCCGCGCCCUCCGCUCCGCCGCCCGCAGGCUCCCGCUUCCGUCCCGGACUGUGCCCGGGGCUGCGCAGAAUGCAAGCUCCCUGAAAUCAGUGGCCUUUUAUGGCUUAUUCAGCACUGUAUUCCUGAUACUUGAAACUGUACCUGGCUCAGAGGAAUGCUCUCAACAACCUUCAGAGGUUCUGAAUGAUGACUGACGCGGGUUUGUGUGAUAUCCCUCACAGUCCCUGUCACUCCCGAGCGAUAAGGAACCCGCACGUCUAGCCCCAGCACCAAGGCAGAAAGCACCUCUGAAGGGAGGAGAGCUUCCGCUCGCUGACCGAACAAAAGUACCGCCUUCCCACGGGGCUCGGCUCCCUAUUCGGACACCUCGGCCGGUCCACCUCGCGGCUCUCCGGGCAGAUGGUGUGUGGCCGCCGCUGGACGCCCGCCGCGCCCCGGCCAUGAAGUAGCGGCUGCUGGCGGCGCCGCUGCCCUACCGCCGGCCCCAGCCCAGCGCCAAGCUGCCGGGUCCUCCCGGCGGGGCCGGAGCAGCGUGGACAUGGCUGGCUUUCCUAGCCUGCUAGUUCUCCUUGUUUUUCAAAGCAGCUGUUUGGGUUUCAGAAGCCCACUUUCUGUCUUUAAGAGGUUUAAAGAAACUUCCAGAUCAUUUUCUAAUGAAUGUCUUGGUACCACCAGACCAGUAAUUCCUAUUGAUUCAUCAGAUUUUGCAUUGGAUAUUCGCAUGCCUGGGGUUACACCUAAACAGUCUGAUACAUACUUCUGCAUGUCAAUGCGUUUGCCAGUGGAUGAGGAAGCCUUCGUGAUUGACUUCAAACCCCGUGCCAGCAUGGAUACUGUCCAUCACAUGUUACUCUUUGGAUGCAAUAUGCCAGCAUCCACUGGAAAUUACUGGUUUUGUGAUGAAGGAACCUGCACAGAUAAAGCCAAUAUUCUAUAUGCCUGGGCAAGAAAUGCUCCACCUACCAGGCUCCCCAAAGGUGUUGGAUUCAGAGUUGGAGGGGAGACUGGAAGUAAAUACUUUGUACUUCAAGUACACUAUGGGGACAUUAGUGCUUUUAGAGAUAAUCACAAAGACUGUUCUGGUGUGUCCUUACACCUCACACGCCUGCCACAGCCUUUAAUUGCUGGCAUGUACCUUAUGAUGUCUGUUGACACUGUUAUACCAGCAGGAGAGAAAGUGGUGAAUUCUGACAUUUCAUGCCAUUAUAAAAAGUAUCCAAUGCAUGUGUUUGCCUACAGAGUUCACACUCACCAUUUAGGUAAGGUAGUAAGUGGAUACAGAGUAAGAAAUGGACAGUGGACACUGAUUGGACGCCAGAGCCCCCAGCUGCCACAGGCUUUCUACCCUGUAGAACACCCAGUAGAUGUUAGUUUUGGUGACAUACUGGCAGCAAGAUGUGUAUUCACUGGUGAAGGAAGGACAGAAGCCACACACAUUGGUGGUACAUCUAGUGAUGAAAUGUGCAACUUAUACAUUAUGUAUUACAUGGAAGCCAAGCAUGCAGUUUCUUUCAUGACCUGUACACAGAAUGUAGCUCCGGAUAUAUUCAGAACCAUACCAACAGAGGCCAAUAUUCCAAUUCCUGUUAAGUCUGAUAUGGUUAUGAUGCAUGGACAUCACAAAGAAACAGAGAAUAAAGAUAAGACUUCUAUUCUACAGCAACCAAAACGAGAAGAAGAGGAAGUGUUAGAACAGGGUGAUUUCUAUUCACUACUUUCCAAGCUGCUAGGAGAAAGGGAAGAUGUUGUUCAUGUGCAUAAAUAUAAUCCUACAGAAAAGGCAGAAUCAGAGUCAGACCUGGUAGCCGAGAUUGCAAAUGUAGUCCAAAAGAAGGAUCUCAGUCCAUCUGAUGCCAGAGAGAGUACAGAACAUGAGAGGGACAAUACUAUUCUUGUCAGAGACAGAAUUCACAAAUUCCACAGACUAGUAUCUACUUUGAGGCCAGCAGAGAGCAGAGUUUUGUCAUUACAGCAGCCCCUACCUGGUGAAGGCACCUGGGAAUCAGAACACACAGGAGAUUUCCAUGUAGAAGAGGCACUGGAUUGGCCCGGAGUAUACUUGUUACCAGGCCAGGUUUCUGGGGUGGCUCUGGACCCUAAGAAUAACCUGGUGAUUUUCCACAGAGGUGACCAUGUCUGGGAUGGAAACUCUUUUGACAGCAAGUUUGUUUACCAGCAAAGAGGACUCGGGCCAAUUGAAGAAGACACUAUUCUUGUCAUAGAUCCAAAUAGCGCUGCAGUGCUCCAGUCCAGUGGGAAAAAUCUGUUUUACUUGCCACAUGGCUUGAGUAUAGAUAAAGAUGGAAAUUAUUGGGUCACAGAUGUGGCUCUUCAUCAGGUGUUCAAAUUAGAUCCAGACAGUAAAGAAGCCCCUCUGUUAAUCCUGGGACAGAGCAUGCAACCAGGCAGUGACCAGAAUCACUUCUGUCAACCCACUGACGUGGCUGUGGAUCCAGACACUGGAACCAUCUAUGUAUCAGAUGGUUACUGCAAUAGUCGGAUUGUGCAGUUUUCACCAAGUGGAAAGUACAUCACACAGUGGGGAGAAGAGUCUACUGGGGACAGCCCUAAACCAGGCCAGUUCAGUGUUCCUCACAGUUUGGCCCUUGUGCCUCAUUUGGGCCAAUUAUGUGUGGCAGACAGGGAAAACGGUCGGAUCCAGUGUUUUAAAACUGACACCAAAGAAUUUGUGCGAGAGAUUAAGCAUGCAUUGUUCGGAAGAAAUGUAUUUGCAAUUUCAUAUGUAUCAGGUUUGCUCUUUGCUGUGAACGGAAAGCCUUACUUUGAGGACCAAGAACCUGUACAAGGAUUUGUGAUGAACUUUUCCAAUGGGGAAAUUAUAGACGUCUUCAAGCCAGUGCGCAAGCACUUUGACAUGCCUCAUGACAUCACUGCGUCUGAAGAUGGGACCGUGUUUGUUGGAGACGCUCACACCAACACCGUGUGGAAGUUCACCUUGACUGAGAAAAUGGAACAUCGAUCAGUUAAAAAGGCUGGCAUUGAGGUCCAGGAAAUCAAAGAAUCCGAGGCAGUUGUUGAAACCAAAAUGGAGAACAAACCCACCUCCUCAGAAUUGCAGAAGAUGCAAGAGAAACAGAAACUGAUCAAAGAGCCAGGCUCAGGAGUGCCCGUUGUUCUCAUUACAACCCUGCUGGUUAUUCCGGUGGUUGUCCUGCUGGCCAUUGCCUUAUUUAUUCGGUGGAAAAAAUCAAGGGCCUUUGGAGAUUCUGAACACAAACUUGAGGCAAGUUCAGGAAGAGUACUGGGAAGACUUAGAGGAAAGGGGAGCGGAGGCUUGAAUCUCGGCAAUUUCUUCGCAAGCCGGAAAGGCUAUAGCCGGAAAGGGUUUGACCGCCUUAGCACCGAGGGAAGCGACCAGGAGAAAGACGAGGAUGAUGGGAGUGAAUCCGAAGAGGAGUAUUCCGCACCACUGCCCACACCCGCACCUUCCUCCUGAGAUCAAGGCUUUGACUUAGGUUGAUGAGAUUUACCAAGAAUGCCAGAUUCCUUUCCCUUUAGCACGUUUAGAGUUUUGUGUAUUUAACUGUAAACUGUACUAGUCUGUGUGGGACUGUACACAUUUUACUUCAUUUUGGUUUAGUUGGCUUUGGUUUCUAGUUGAGGAGUUUCCUAAAAGUUCAGAACAGUGCCAUUGUCUUUAUAGGAACAUAGGAUAGAGAAGCAGUCCUCUUCUUCCAUCACACUAGUAAGUUAAUGAUGGAAGGUUUGCUCAUCUGCAUUUUUGAGACUUUUCUGUAGUUUGUAAAUAACCCCAUUCUCUGCUUGAACACAGUAUUUUCCCAACAGCACUUCCAUUGCCAAUGUCUUUCUUUGGUGCCUUUCCUGUUCAGCAUUCUCAGCCUGUGGCAGUAAAGAGAAACUUUGUGCUACAUGACGACAAAGCUGCUAAAUCUCCUUCUAUUUUUUUAAAAUCACUAACAUUAUAUUGCAAUGAGGGAAAGAAAAAGAAAGUCUCUAUUUAAAUUUUUUUUUAAUUUUUCUUCUUCAGUUGAUGUGUUUUGGGGAUGUCUUAUUUUUAGAUGGUUACACUGUUAGAUCACUAUUUUCAGAAUCUGAAUGUAAUUUGUGUAAUAAAGUGUUUUCAGAGCAUUAGCUGUCAGAGUGUAUUUUGCGAUUUUUGCAUAUUUGCAGGGUUUUGUAUACAACUUUUGUAAUAAUUACACAAACCACAGAUAUAGUGAAACCUAUUCAAUGUCUUCAUCCAAAAGAAAUGUAUUGUAUUAAAAUUAAGAAGAGUAUUUUAUUAUGUAGCUAAUAUAAAUUAAAAACCAGCCUAAUAGUUUAUAUACAUGUGUAAAACCAGGUUCUCUUUUAAAAUUCAAAGAGGGGUUUUGCCUGUAUAUCAAUCAGAAGGUAAAUACUUUAAUAAAAGGUGAUCAUAGC